UUUAUAGGGCGAGGUGGAAGCGGUGGACACGGGAAGGUUGGCCAGCGUGCCUUGCAAGUAAACAGUCAGUCUAGUUCAGUACACGUCACACUGUCGCUUCCUCUUGGCUUGUGGUAACCUGCAGAGUGGCGUCACCAGGUGGAUGUAUACCAGGCAGCCCCGGCCCCAGCAGCCCUCGCCCCCUCCUCGCGGUGCCCUGAUGGGAGUCACGCAGCCCAGGGACAUUUGACGGCGAGAGCGGUUGCUUGACAGACUGGAAACAUAUUCAAACAGACUGGAAACAUGCUCAGCUGGUUUCAAGGGAAGAUCAGCAAGAAGAAAACUGUUAGCUCCCCUAGAACUGAUAACAGCCAGUCAGUAGAGGUAGCAACUGAUGCAGCAGUGUAUGAUGAAGCCAGCACCACAGAGGAGCCAGCCCACAUGGGAGGGAAUGCCAUAUCAAACCUGGGCAGGACGCCAAUACUGGAUCAAAGGCAUGGCCCCGUGGCUGACGGUCCUGUUAUGUUCUACAAAAAUGCACAAGAAACUGAAAGUGUUCUGGCAACUUGUAUUACUAGUGAGGGUCCUCAGAGCAGUGAUGCUUGUCCUGCAAAGUGUGUCUCUCCUACCUCAUCUGUUGAUGUCAAAAAUUUGUCCAGUAAUUCUGUUAGCAGCCUCUCAUCCAUGUCAGGAACAGAGGGGAUAGAUGUUCACCAUCACCACUGUCAAGAAGAUCCAAACACUUCCAGCACACACAAGUCUGUGCAAGAUACUUCACAUGCACAAAAAUUAGAUGGAAGCUCUAUCAGUCCUCAGAAGCAUAUAGAAAGUCUUGAUGCAUGCUGUGAGUCUAGCAACUCUCAGGACUUUAACAAGAAGCAUGCGAAAUCAGUUGUAAAAAAUCUGAACUCCUCAGCAGCAGCCCCACAAGAUUCUUUGUACAGUCCUGAGAGCAGCUGUGGCCAUCAGAGAUCAAAUGCUGUGGAGGAAAGUAGAACAAAAGACAAAGAACAGGAAAAUAUAAUCCAUCAAGUUCCAGAGCAUGAGUGUGCCUCUGAAGCAAAUGUCAGUCAGUCAGAUCAUUGUAUGAAUGAAGCUGCUUCUUUGCAUUUGCGACAGUCAGUCACAUCUGAAAAGGUGAGUGAGAAUGGCCACAGCAGUGAGGAAGUUCUUGCUGCUGUUAUCUCAGAUGGCAGUACAUCUGCAGAGGCAACAAGAGCACCAGAGGAGAUUGGGGAUGUUGAGUCUGAUGUGCAGUUAGAGAAAGAGUUCUCUGCAGUAUGUGGCAAAGAUUCACUGAAGGUAAAAAAAAAAGCUAAGAAAGCACUGGUGAAAGACAAAUCUUCUCAAACCCAGAUUGUCAAGUAUGAGUGCCCUAACUUGUACUGCUUCCCAGAGGCUUGCCUAUACAAUCAGAAGGGAAGGAAGUGCACAGUUCUGGAAGAGCACUUCAUAUUGACAUAUCUGAGGGAGUGCCCUGUGUUGGUCAGCACGGCAUUGCGGAACACAGAGAUUGGUCCUGUGGGAUGUGUCAAUAUUUGGUGUUCGGGGAAGGUGUCUGAAUUGAAGCACAUUCCAGAUGGUACAGAAUUGUAUUUUGAUGCAAUAGUAUCUCCAGGAACAACUGUGUUUGUUACCUUAAUUAUUUGGCAAGGUACAAAACCAACCCAUAGUGUGCAACCAUUCUACAAUUCCUAUGUAAUCAUUGAGUUAAUGAGAAACUGCCCUCUUAAAUUUGUCUCAUUUAGUAAGGAGAAUGGAGUUGUUUCUACAGUGAACAGUGGUAAAACACUAAAGGUUGUAUUCUCAAAGUCAGUUGUAUACAUAGAUGGAAAGAAAGCUGACAAAGCAAGUGAAAUAAAGAAAUUAUCCAAGUCCACUUCACAGCAUUUGCAUGGUGAUGUGUUGAAACUGAUGACUCUUGAUGAAGUUGGUAAUACUGCAUAUGAGUUCAUGUGUUCCUGCAUUUGGCAAGGUUGUAAGCCUCACCAGUUGGACAUCCCAAAAUAUGAUCCUUUUAAACUGUACAGAAAAACACCUGGCUGUUUUCCUGUUGCAAGUAAACAGGCAAUGCUUUUGUGUGAUAUAGAUGCUAUUCUUGUGGUUGAAGAUACAACAUACAAAAUUUCAUUUAAAAGUGAAGGACAGAUUGUUGUUGUACCUUGUAACAAGAUGUUGUUUUCUGGGAAUCAAAGAGUUGUCCCUGUUGGUGGCAAAGUGAAGGUUCACUUAAGGAAGGUGUUUGCUAAAAAUAGCAAUACAUGGAUGGUCUUAAUGGUUCAGGUUCCUCCUUCCUUGCUUUGUGACACAACACCCAAUGGUGCCCAACAUCAUGCCACCACCAUGCCUACAGGUCAGCCCUCAAUACCUCAUGUUACCAGUACCAAGAAAAUUCCUAUUCCACAAACUGUUGCAACAAAAAGUUCUUCUAAGUCCAUGGUUUUGCCUGGUGCAUCAGUAGAUCCUCACCCAUUAACCAAAGGGCCUUCUGAAAGUGAUGUGCUAAAACCACAGUACACCUCAUCAAGCUAUGUCUCCAGGAAGGACAUGAAUGCAGACCAUGGCGAGGCAGCAAUCAGCAGUAACAGUGUGGCUAAUGGAGAACACACAAAGCUCCUCCCUGGAAGCCCUUGCAUGUCAGAACUGAGCUCUUGGAGUACAUCAGGUGAGGAAUCACCAGUGGCUACUCCUAGUGUGGAAAACCAGAUCCAGUUCAUUGUCAGAGAAGACUUCUCAUUAAAUUCAAAAAGUGUGAUCUCUGAAGAUAGUCAGAGGUCUUCUCUCAGGGUUAUAAGGAAUAGCAGUGGAGUCUUGAAAAAUAUAGGUGAGGCAUUUGUACUGGAGACACAAUUGAAGGGGAAGGAAUUGCAAAUAGAAGUGGAAAAAUCACCAUGGGUAGCUUAUGAAGAUGGCAGAGGGCAGACAUGUCAAGCACCCAUGUCAGACUUACCUGUAGGGUUUGAUGCACACUUUGUAGAAAUCCCUCAGGUUGGACUAGUUGGUCAUAUUUUAGCACUGUGGACUGGAAAGAAACCUCUGAAAGCUUCACUUAGUAGUACUACUUACUACUUCGAUGCACCUGCAUUUUACCAUGGCUUAAAUGAGGACGGGUGCCUUAAAUUCACAGUGUUGCUUGAUGGGAAACCUUUUACCAUCACUACAGCAAGUACCACUGCAUUAUUUGAAGCAUCUGGUGAGCAGUGUGCCUCUUUGACUCCAUCCUCUCAUGUCUUCCUUCAUUUGUGUGUGAAAGAAAAUAUAUGGACACUAUUCAUGGUGGUUCUUCAGCCAAACCACAAGACCUCAAAUUCAACUCAGGAAGGUAAUAGCUUGUCCCCCAAGUUGUCAUCCACACCAGAUUCUGACACUCUGAGAAGUCCUUUGAACUUACAAGUGGAGAACAAGAGCAAAAAUGUGUCUGCCACUCACAAAACUGCCUGUGAAUAUGGAUUUACACAUUACCUGAAGAACCUUUAUGGAACCCUGACAGAGAGAGGUGGAAAGAGAGUUAUAUGUGGCUUUAAUAAGAAUAUAAAUCUGUCAGUAAAAGUCCCUGAGAAUUGUGUUGUGGAUGUUAAUGGAAUUGCUACAGAUAUAAGAAAUGUGUCACUUGGAACUAAGCUCCGUUUUGAUGCUUUUUGUGAGGACUUGGACAGUUUAGAUUACUGGGCAGCUGUAAUAUGGGUGCAAAAAAAGGCUGUAAAGUGUGUUGCACCAACAGGAUGUAUAUAUUAUUUAAAUGUGAGAGGUAAGUGUUUGAACACCAGUGAUAAGGAAGUUAGAUUUGAAUUCACUGUAGGAAAUACACUUGAGCAGGUGGUAUGCAAAAAUGCUUAUGUUAUCAUGCCAGAUGGAACUUUCCAAGCCUUACAGAGCCUCAGGACAGGCACACCUGUUCAAGCUAACCUUGUGCAACAGAAGGAAAGUUUUAGUAUAAAUCAAUUUAUCUAUAUUGAUGCAUCUGCUCAACUUUUUCUUACUUCCAUGGCAGCAUGGAGAAACUCAGAGAACAGCUCUGUGACAGACAUAAACUCAGAGAACAGCUUUGUGACGGAGAUAAACUCGGAGAACAGCUCUAUGACGGAGAUAAACUCGGAGAACAGCUCUGUGACAAGAAGUGUAACAAAGACGAAUGAAGGGAAGUCACAGAUUCCUCUUCCUCUUUCAGUAGACAAUCUUAAGAAAAGUAAAAAUGAAGGAAAUGCAGAGAACAGCAGUGUGACAAGUAGUAGUGUAGAAUUAGAGUCUCUUCCAAGUGCAUCCAUAGGCAACAUUGAGGAAAGCCAAGUGGAAUUAAAAUCAGUUACGGGAGAUACAAAGAAAGUACUGUCUGGAUUUCAAUGUCCGAACGAGUAUGACAUUGCAAAGGGAACAAUUAGUGAGGUGGGGCACGAUCAGUAUAUCUUUACAAGUGAAGAUGGUGGUGUUAAAAUUAAUGUGAAUCCCAUGAAAAUUGCUGUAGACCCAGAGGCAAGUCCUGAAUCACCACUGGGACGGUUUUAUUUGGUGUACCACAAGAAGAACAAGGAGGGAAAUGUGGGUGGUACCAGCACCGUAACCACCAGGCAUACCUGCAGCACCAUAUGAGUCCACUCGCACAACUUGGACAGCCGGAUCCUAACCCUAGCUCUGCCUGACCACUCCAGUUUCUACAAUUUCAUUUUUGAUAAUGAAAUAACAGUGACAGGAACUCCAUUUGAUUGUAGAUUUCAUCCUCUCAAGCUAGGGAUGAAGGUGCACCCUAUUAUUGAGGACAUCAAGUGUGUCCUCAUUGAUGGUCUUGUCAUAAGUCAUCGCAUAGUACUUCUGACUUCAGUGAAGGAAAUAGCUGUUAUCUGUUUGAAUUUCCUGAACAAUCCUUUCUUUGGCAGUGAAGAAAAGGAAAACAAUGAGCUGUGUGGAGACCAUUAUGGUGUAGACUUGGAUGGUUUCUCAGAACAACAUCUGUUGAAGGAAGAGCACAAAGCUAAAGGUAAUGGAAAUGAGACUUCAAGAUUUCUCAUUUCUUCAGAAAAUAGUGGCUUUCAACAUGAAGUAAAUAAUUUGCUUGAUGAAUAUGGUGAAGACAACAUGCCUGAUGUAAAUGUAGAGGGAGACACACUGAGGGAACUUGUCAACACUAAGCAUCCAAUGGUGGCUUCUAAGCGCUACAUAAUUAGAUAUGUGACACUUUGUGGAGAAAUACUACCACAAAGCUCGAGCACCUAUGUGUUUUGCAGUGAAAAGUUAAUAUCUCCUGUACAGAUAACACCCAGCAUCCCACACUUUGAUGCCACUGUGUGUGAGAGUCGGGGGAAACAAUUCAUGCUGGGACGUAAAACAUGUUACAAAGAAACUGGAUUGACUGAUCUAGAGCCCCUUCUUAUUUGGCCAGAAGAGAGAAAAUGUAACCCAUACAUUGUUGUAACCUACAUGGUUUCAAGAAGGGAAAAUUUGCUCUUGGUCACCGAUGCUGCCAGUGAAGAAGAGAAGUGCUAUUUCUUUGACUAUGAUGUGGUGUUUUCACUCAAGAAAAGUUAUAAACUCAAAGAAGUAAUAGCUUCCUUUUCUAAACAAAAUAAAAUGCUAGUAUUGUAUGCAGUGGUGGACAAGCUCCCACCUUUUCAAGUUGGAGAACAGCAUGUAGAGGGAAAUAUACUUCUACUGACAACAUGCAAAAAUGUUGCUGUAACCUCUAUAGAUGUCUUCAUUGGCUGUUGUCAUGAAGAAGAGUUGUCGUUUCAACUGCCACAUAGUCAUAUUUUUCAAAUGCUGCACCAACACAAGAUCAGGAUGGACCGAGCCUCUAAGUGCAAGAGAGGCUCCACCUGCUAUUAUUCCAUGAGAGCAAACAGCUUCAACUCCACCUUGAAGUCAGUUGGCGGGUGCCUUGAAACUCACACGGAUGACUUUGCCAUCAUGCGUUGUGACAAGAGGAGCUACAAGGCUGCAUGCCUUCUCUCCAACAUGUACUAUCAAGGAGAGAUCAUAACAUCCUGGGAGGCCAUUCCCAAACACCACUGGAAGAAUGUAUGGGCCAUCAUAUUACCACUAGAUGAAAAAGUUCAGGAAGAGAAAUUGGAGGUGGAUGCUGUGGCUUUGGUGGCAUGGUGCUGUCGUGGCCCCAGAGUGCUGGCACUGCACCAGUGUUACUACCAUGUGCAAACACCUUAUGUGCCUUACCUUGAGAUUGAGGAGAAUCAGGAGACAACAUCCACCAAUCUUCUACUACAGUCACAGAAUGCCUUCUCUCACUCCUCUGACAGCUUUCCAGGGAAAGGGAUGUCUCUGUCAGAACUGGAAUCUUGGCAGUGUCAAGCAGGAAACACAAUAGUUGCCUUUCAUGAUAGUAUUUUGCAGUCUAGUGGUCUGAUAAAACUCAGUGGUAAAAUAACUUUGAUGAAUGGAGCAGUUGUUCUCUUUACCAGUACUGAGAAUGAACUGGUAAAGGGCAAAGUUUCAGAUAUAUUUAUUAAAGGUAAAAGAUGUAAAUCUCUGAAAAAGAUAUUUGGUGAAAUAGACCAAACCUUCACCAUUGUGGCACAGAAAUGUCAUCCUAUUGUUUACAUGGAGAAACUCAUACAAAUGGAAGUUAUCAUUGGAUUCACUACUUCUCUAAAAGGAGUUGGGAUUCAUGUUUGCAGUAAACAUGCAUGUAUAUUAGAAAACAGCCUUCUUAAGGAAGAAAUUGCAAUGGCAGAGAAAGCUUUUGAUGAUAUUGCAGUGGUGUGUGAGCAAUCUGAUCAAUGUUCAGCCUACUAUCUAUCUCAGAUAGCUGCUGCAGAGAAUGAAAUACCCACUCCACCAGAAACUGUGAGGAUUAUGAAGCACACACUAUGUUAUGGCACUGUAGUGAGUGUAGAUAAGGAGAUUCCUGACCAUGUGAGGGUGAGUCUUCAGCAAGGACCAGUUUCCCGCACUGUGCCUGUGUCUCGUAGCCGCCUGAUGGGCCUCCCUGGGGAUCUGCCCCUCCUCCAUGCUGUUGGACACAAACUGAAAGUAAUCCUCAACACAGUAACAGGAAAUGAAAGGGAAGAAUACAGGAUUCUCAUGGGUUGGGGAAAUUUCUCUAAGGAUUCUGGCAUGUCUUACUAUCCCAGUCUUAAACCUGAUUGGUCUUGUUCCCAAAAUUCCAAGUUUCAUUGCUGUCCAAGAGGUCUUGAGGUGAAAGCAUUUCAAAAUGUUUACAAUAGUAAUAUGUUUGAGGUCAUAAGUCUUUACAAAUUGAAAAAAAUUGAUGUAGAAUCUGGCAGAGGAUUCUUUCAUUACUGGCUAGAUGAAAAGCCUAUCACUUGUAAAAUAGAAUUUAUAGUUGGCUGGCUUAAAGUAGACAGAGUCCAUGAAGAACUUUGGAAUUUGCUGAUGGUUAAAGGAUCUCAGACAGAGAAAGAAUGUUCGGAGGCUUUGGCAGCAUGGCAAGGGGAGUGUGAUUCCCUGGUGGUUGAAAUUUGUGAUAUUCAUGGCACACAUGGGCUGUAUGUGUCACAAGAAGACAAAACAAAAAACAAAGUAAUCCCAUUAUCUCAUAAAAGAUACAGACGAAACAGUGAGCCCACCGAGACUGACUUGCUAACCAGUUUUCAGCUAAUGCCACACUACAAGUCCAGACGCAACAGUGAGCCACUGAAUACAAAUCUUUCUAUCAAUAUGAAACUGAGACAGUCAGACAUAAUUGAAGAGGACGAUCCAGGAUUAUCAAGAUCGCUUCCCAAUGGAAGUGACCAUCCCAUGGGUAGUGGACUUGAUAUGAAAAGGGAUUGCAAGAAAGUUUUACCCUUUAAUUCUGGUUCCAUCACACUGCUGUCUAUAAAAGAGGAUUCUUUGGCAGAGGGAGGAAAAGUAUACUCCUCAAAAGGUAUGGAGCCGUCCCUUCAGGAUCAGCUGUUGUGCAGUUCUUUACUGUGUGAUGAAAAAAAUGAAAAUGUUGUCCCAAGUCUGAGAAGUGAAAGGGACAGUAGCAAUUUCAUUGUUGAACCUAAACCAGGAGUUGUCAACAUGAUAAAAGAUAAAAGUAUGAUGUCUUCUCAGCCAGAAAAUAUCUUGCAGGGCAAAACAGAAGAAGGAAAACUUGAGUGUGAUCUGGACUCUCCUGAUACUUCAGGGGACACGCCUGUUACACUGAAAGUUCUCCUUAGAAAAACAGAGACUAUUUUGGGUUACAUUGAAGGAUAUGAUGAUCAUUGUGGCAUUUUAGCAGGUGCUGCAGGACCAGUUUUGUUUGAUAGACAACUGCUUGAUGAGACAGUGCAGAGAGAGGUAGCAUCAGGAACACCUCCAUCUGAGAAAGAGAACCUCAAGGCUUUGAUCCUUGAACUUGAACAGCCAGUUGUGGUUUUAGGUUUUGAAGUAGAAAAGAUUGCUGCAGUGGUGUGGAGUGAAACAAGUCCUGUGUUUAAUGCAGACUCGGUAACAAAAAAUCUGAAUGUAUACAAGAUGAACUGGAAUGUGGAAUUCAUAGGUACUUUUGACCAGUUAGAACUUGAAAACUUCACUGAAGGUUUGCAGCAAAAUAGAAUGGAGGACUGGAUUCUUGCUGGUGAAUGUGAGUUAGUCAAGUUGAUGGAUGAGUGUGGGAUCUUGAAAGUGAAAAAUUCAGAGACCAAAAUUUUCUUCCAUAAGAAUGUUAUGAUGAUGAAUGAUGAGACAUUGACCAAAGAGAAAUGGAAAGAUACUCUCCAGCUGCUUAUGGAGCAGGAGCUGACAUGGCAUUGUGAUGGAAAGCAGCUCACACCUCAGGAGAGAGCCAGUGUUAAGGAGGAAACUGGUGAAGAUGUCCAAUACAAGGCCGAAUUGGUAUUCUGCACCACUGGCCCCUUGGCUCUGAGGCUUCAGGCAAGUGCCACAACAGUUCCUAUCACUGCAUCGACGCCAAAUGCUUCAAAUGCAACUGCUGUACGUUCAAACUUUCUUACCACUUCUGAAGAUCCUGACAUCAAUACUGGCACAACUCUCAGGGAGAACACCCAUUCUCCGGCUGAGAAAGGAGACUGUGCCAAUGUCCAGCCUGGCCAUCCGUCAUCAACUCCAUCUAGCUGGUCAGAAUUUUUACUGCAGAAGAAAGCAAAAACAGAGGAAAUUUUUAAAGACAUUGAGAUUAUUCCACUGCACACAGCACUGCAUACUCUUCCUCUUGACCCUGGCAGCUUGUGGGCUACAAGACCAUCCUUAAUAAUUAACCCUGGUAGACAAAAGGUUUUAUCUGAAUGCAUUGUUGCAAAUUAUGCUUAUUGUGACGUUCUAACAAGUGCUAGUGGACUCAUUUUGUUUGACAAGAACCUGAUCAGUAUGAUGCAGCAGGAAGAGGUGGCAUGUGGCUCACCGCAGACAGAGCAGAAGAGUCUGAAGGCUUUAGUGUUUGAGCUUGAACAGCCUGUUGAGUUCCUAUCACAUGAAAUCAGAAACAUUGCAAUAGUUCUGUGGAAUGGAGAGAAACCUGAAAUUGAUGAUGACCUUUUAUCUAAAAGCUUGGAUGUGUAUAAGAUGAAUUGGAUUGUUUCCCUUACAUGCCAGGAGUCAUUAUUAACAAAGAAGAAACUCAAGCCAAGUGUGUGCAAGUCAUUUAUACCUAUUACACUCUCAUAUGCUGAUACUUCAAAUUUCCAAGAAAUUAUAUACUCUUGUUUUCAAGAUUGUAGUGUGAGACAGUUCAAAGUUACUUCAUGUUUACUUGAAGUUGUUGUGUUGAAGGACCAGGAUGACCUGGUGCUGGCCCUGAUGAGCGACGUGAAGUGUGGUGAAGAUGAACUUCAAGAGAGAUCACAUCUCUGGGUCAUAAGUGUCAAGUUACUUGAACCUUUUAAUUAUGGUUAUUUCUGUAUUACUCACUUUGCUCUGCUGGUGUAUUCUGGGGAGACAGAGCCUCCUGAGGCUGCUGCCAUCAAAUUGGAGUGGACCAGAGGAAAAAUAGAAAAAGUGCUACAAGUUGUGAGUAGGAUUGGUGUUGAACUUGUUCAUGCAAAUAUUAGAAUAAAAGUUGACAGACCAUCUGAAGUGAAGCCAUACCUCAUGGACCCAUUCUGGAGGCUAACUCAAGACCGACCCGAAGGAGGCAUGAUGUUUGCUGUAGAGUGUGAAGUUAUCAGAGUAAUAAAGAACUCAGGUAUCUUGAAAGUAAAGGGAAGAUCACGAAAGGGAAUGGAAGUCAAGAUAUAUUUCCGAAGAACUGCUGUCGUGGUCAACUCUCAACGCCUACGAAAUACCAUUCCUUUAGCUGAACAGUUGUCUCGGCUACAGAACCAGACCUGGCGUUGCACCUGUGUAAGGCUGAAACCAUUUGAGACAGAAUCUGUGAAGAAGACUGUGGAAGAGGAUGUACAGUACAAGGCUAAGUUAGUUUGGUGUGAAGUUUGCCCAGAGCAGACACUCAAGAUUCCUGAGAACAAUGGAGCAGCCAAAGCAGCUGCUAGCACAACCCUGCCACCAGCAACACCAAAGCAGUCUGGAGGUGCAGAAGCAAUGGACGGGCAUGGCCAAUUGGAGCAGAUGGAGAAGUGUGCUGUGGACAGGCCUCUCACCACUAGCACCAAACCAAAGAGAAAACCAAGGAAAAAGAAGAAAGCUAAAGAUACUAUAAAUAACUUAGAUCAAGAGCAGCCAGACGUUGACAUCCUAAAGCCAAGUGUCCAGCCAAGCACCGAGUCUCUUGUUCUACAGCCAAACAUUGACAUUCCUCAGCCGAGUAUCAAGCCAAGUGCCAAGGUGGGCCAUCUCACCGAGGUUCACCGCACCGUUGCUCAGGUAGCGCUGGAGGACGAGCAGCUCAAAUAUGUGGCCAGAGACAAGUGCUUCCUGUAUGGCCUGUGUCUUGGCAAGGUGGAGCUUUGGCAUGUGCUUUCCAUAGGACUGAGUAUGAAGUAUGAGCUGACUGAGGAUGGGAAGGAACUGAAGGUGGUGUGGCUGGGUGAGGCAGACACUAUGGAUCCAGCAGAACUCCUGGACACAAUGCGUGAUUGGUGCCUCAUUAACAAUGUCUCAUCCUCUGCCACCACAAUUCUGCUGUUGGAGGCUGGAUGGUUGCCGUCAGAGCUCACUCCAACCAUUGCUGUGGAGGAGAAUGUGGACGUGGUGGAGGUGGCAUCUCCCCGCAUUGCUUCAGGCUUCCCCAGCUACUGCUGAGUGCUGCAUCUUGGCAUGCUGCCGACGAUAAUUGUUGGAUCCUGUCAGUGAAGAUCAAAGAUAAUUAUUAAUGUAUAAAUAACAGUUGCUUUUCCAAAAAUACAAGGAAAUCAUUCAGCACAUUGCAGCCAAUGUUGAUGAAAAGUGUUGAGAUAAUCCUAAUCAUUAUGCCCACUGAUUCCCUUGUGUAGCUUAGGUGUAUUGUAAUUGUAGGAGAGAAGCCAAAAACGAAAGUAUUCCCUUGGUGCUUUGUCAUUGUGAAGCUGUGAGUAGAAUUAGUGUUUUAUUUCAGACCAGAAGUGGUUUGAGACGAUGGGCCAUAUUGGCCCCAUGAUUAUGUAGUCAUUGAAGAUUAGUUGUUAUUUGUACAUUUCUGAUCACAAAUCUGAUAGCAUAAAUCUUUUUGUUUGGGUUAAAUUAGUUUAAUCUAUUUCCCAGAUUCUAAAAGACCUGCCUUUAUUGUAAAGCUGUGAUAGUUACACUAAUCCUUUUAAUUGAUGCUCAAACCUAUGAAUGCCCUGACAUUGAGAUCUAAAGUGUUUUUUUUUGUGAACCAAUAAGUAACAAAAAUCAUUGAUUUUAUUAUUGGCAUGUUUCCUUUGUCUUCUUAAUAAUCUAUUCUGUAAAAGUUAUUCAAAGCCAUUAGUCAACAGGUGUUGCACCAUGGCCCUGGUCUCCUCACUCCUGAAACAUUACUUGUUAUAUUUCAACUUGUAUAAUUGUGGUACAAUAAUCCUGAUAUUAAAGAAUUUAUCGUGAAGCGUACUUAGUUUUGUGUGCAAUUUGCUUCAAAGAAUGAAUAAUUCCUCAAAAAAACUAUUAUGAUUUAUUCUUCUCUUUCCAUUUUGACCAUGCAGGAAGUCCAUUUUUGUAUGUACUUAAAUACAAUAUUAUAUUACGACAUACAGUAUGAUAUUAGUUUCUCAACUCUGCACAUCUUGCAGAUCACACGAACAACAUGCUCAUUUAUUUAGUGGUAAGAGGUCAGAGUGCAGGAGUGACUUGUGAUGUAAUAUAUUUAGGAAGUUUCUCAUGUGAUAAAUUUUGUAGAGAUUGUAAGAAAAAUGGGCUGUAUUGAAAGCAUUCUGUGAUACUGAAAAGAUUCCCUCCAUUGUACACAAUUCAUCUUCAAGUAUAUCAGGAUGGGGUAACAAGCAGAUAAAAAAGUUCCUGCUUUGUAUCAGUUAAACAAUUUAAAGUUUAUUGUAGUUGUAAGCAUCACUAAAUUUAGUUUUAUCAAGUUUAUUGUAGUUGUAAGCAUCACUAAAUUUAGUUUUAUCACCACUGUAGUGCAUAUGCGAAGAAAUAUUUUUCUUUUGUUACACACUAUCUGUUUAAGAUUUAUAUAUUACAUUUGAAAUAUAUUAGCAAUGUUUUAAGUAUACGUGCAGUACAUGUAUUGAAGAAGCUGGCCCAUACAUCACCUGUAUGGCAUAAUUGCACUAGUGACAAUUUCCUUAGGCUUUCAGAAAUUUCAACCACUUAUACUGAGUGUUAGAAAUGUGUAUAUGACAACCUAUCUGGUUUUCAGUGUUGCUGUUAUGGGCAUUACUUGAGUGUGAUAUUCAAGCACACCUAUGACUUUUUGUUCCUUCAUGGAAUUUUAGCAACACAGUGUUAUAUGCAUUUUGAAGAAGUGAACAGCAGCAAGUGUCAGGCCACGUGUUGCUGUUAGCUUCAUCCUAUAAUAGUGCUCCACUGAAAGAGGAUGGUUUCAGGAUUUAAUUAUUUUAGUAACCUUUAUCAGUAACGGUAUUUGGAAUAAUAUUUUCUCUGGUUAUAAAGUUAAGACAUUAUUUUCCAUGUAAACCAGACAUACCUCUUCACAUACAUACAGGCAGAUAGACACUGUGAUUCAACUCACAACUGCCAAUAAAUACUCCUGACCAUUGAAAAUCCAAGCUAACAAUGAAUGUUUGAUGCAAUUAACUAGAAUUGGAUUAAUGUGAUGGACUUGCCUGAAUAAUGUUAACAAUUUGGGUUGGAAGACUGCUUUAUUUUAUAAGAUUUGUUUUCUUCUUGUUAGUGAAUUCAACAAUAUGGUGCUGAUCUAUUUUACAUAAGGAAUGCUGCUCUCAGGUGUGAAGUGUGGCAGCAAACUAAAUCCUAUUUUUUUGUUCAUUGUUAUACCUGAAUGCUGAAGGUAGUCCCAUAACCUUGAGUGUAUCUUCUGUGAUUGCUACAAUUUGUAUAUCAAUAAUAUCAAUAUACCCUUGC